AUUCGGCCAAAUCCCCCAAUCCAAUAAUAUCCUGUAACUCGUUUACUCGCUCGCUUGUUCUUCUCCCAACCCGCCCGCGCGAAAUUGUUCCCUCCACUUCUUCCAUCAAAGAUAAUCUGGCUCGUCCGGGUACCCUACACAUUGGACCCCAGGACCCCGGCGCCUUGUUACUCUCUUCAGUUGUUGUCUCUUCCAGGUGGAAGAUCUCACUGACUUCCGGACCUGCGCGUCCGUCAUCAGCCUGUCACGUUCGCUCGUUUCUUGCCCUUUUCGUCUCGCUCUCUCCCUUUCUGCGCCCUUUCCCUUCCAGCCCUUCUUUAAAAGAGGGAAGUGAUUGACUGUCCGCCAAUUACACUAAUUGGAACCUCUGAUCCAGUCCUUGCCUUGUCCUAACCCCCAAUCAAGCCCAUCCAAUCGCGGCCGGCCAAGCCCAUGAUGAGGAUGAUCAGGUCCCCGUUGUAGAUUCGGUUUCGAAUUUCAAACUCAAGGCCCGUUACCCAGACCAGCCGUGGAGAUCAUCUCUAGCGACCUCGCUAGACCACCAAACGCCACUACCGUCCGCGUUGCAGCAGAUACCACCCGGGCACUUUAGCACCGCACCCUGACCUUAGUUGACUUGGGGUCAUUUCCUUCUUCAUAUACUACCGUUGCCCUAGCCUCAGCCACCAUUAUGGCUACUUCCGUCCCUUCUUCCCCUGACGAGAGAGGGUUCGAUUUUGGCCCUGCUCUGCCUCUUCACUAUCACCAAGAACAACAAUACCAAGAACAACAACAGCAACAACAACAACAACAGCAUCACCACUCACAGUCCGACACGAACCGCGCUGCUUUGCCCGAGGCUACCACUCUCCUUAAAUUCUCCCCGCCUCCUGCACGUUCAGCCGUCGUCGAGCCUGUUGGUGCCGCCCCCGCUGUGUCGUCCGCUAGAACACCACCACGUUUUUCAAAGGAAUACCCACAGCUGCCGUCCCUUCUCCCGCCACACGGGCUCGGACCUUUGACAUCGGACGAAACAGAGGAAACACUAGACCAACUGGAGACGGACCACCAGUUCCCUCCACUACCUACCAUCUCCGACCAACGUCCGACCCCGAGUCCCAGCAAAGGCCGGUCCCAAAGCCUCGCUAACACCCCGGCCCCCAUCAAGCGCAAGCCGUUAUCAUCCUCGGCUUCGCCCUUGGCCACCCGCUUCUCGUCUCCGGGAAGGAACUAUCUUGACAUCAUCCGCGAUCUUCCCCGUCCCGAGUCCCGUUUCUCGAGAUCGUGUUCUUUGGAUAGCCCUACUCUGUACGAAUUCCCCGCCAAGUUUGGUCCUCCACUUAAUCCUCCUCGUUCCUCGGCUGCUGCCCACGCUCCCGGUUUACCGGCGGAUCCCGAGUCUAGCAGCAACAGCCAACGGUCAUCAAGCACCGUGUCCGAUCGUUCUGUACAACUUCAAGGCCCCUGUAUCUCUAAUACCGGCAACCUGCAGCCCACAAAGACUUUGAAGGAGAGCCCGAUUAUCUCAUCGGCUCAGACAGGGGGCCCAUCGUCAGUGUCGCCAGACCGGCAUAGAAGCGCCGACAGCCUUGGUGUGACCACUCGAUCAUUGGACCACAACCUCGAUACGUACCACAACGACGAGGUUGCGGCUCCUUAUAAUAACGCCACCGCGACGAUUGAUACGCACUUGCAAGAGACACAUGACAGGCGCAAUCCCAUAGUUAAGCCCAGUACCAUGUCGCUGUCUUCUCGAAAGUCUCCCCCUCCACAUCUAAAUCUUGCGCCAGCAGAAGAUAGUGAACAUCGACAACGGGCCUUUCCGCUCGUUUCAACCCCUGGUGAAAACAAUAAUCUUAACAGACCUCUGCCAAAAUCGCCCGCCUCGUCCCAAUUGGACGCCAACUUCUAUGGCAACUGGGCUACUACGCCACAAUCUUUCACAACCGAGUUCUCAGAAGACAAAGAAGACAUCUCGCCCAUCCCGUCCCCUUCUCCACAUUCUGUGAGACGCUCAACCCUACGGACGCUUGCAGAUGAAUCCCCACGCCUGCUCAGGACACCUAGUCAUACCAAUGCGAAAACCGAGAGGCCGCUAGAGUACUGCGAAGACUACCUACAGACGCCGCCGCCCAGUGAGACGUCGCAGUAUCAGAUCGACGAAAUGGAGGACGAAUUGAAAGCCAUCGGCGCCGAGUUGGCUGCAUCCAUUCGCCGUGAAAUGGAUUUGGAAGAUCUGGUGGACAAGCUACAGGAACAGGUUAAUAGCGGCAACCCUAAUGAAUCCGGGAGAAGAACAAGCGACUACUUCUCCGACUCUGGACACAGUUCAUCAAAAUUUAGCGACUAUGAUCAAGCCAAGGAGGAAAUCACUGUGCUCAAGCGCAAAGCGGAGCAGGAGCGAGCGCAAAUCAGACUUGAGCUUACCACCAAGCUGCAAGAUGAGCGGAUUAGGCGCCGUGCCCUCGACGAACAGAUCCAGGAACUUUCCAAGAGGGCUUCGAUGAUUGAUGUUGCCAAAAUACAAAACGAGGAAACCAGUGACAGGAUCAAGGAACUCGAGGCCGCAUGCGACGACUUGCGACGAAAGCUCUCCGAAGAGCGUCAGACGAGGGAAAGCCUGGAAGACCUCCUCGGUGACAUCAAGGGCAAGUUGGAAACCACGUCGAACGAGCGAGACAAGCUCGCCUAUGAUGCGACCAGGCUGGAGCAAGAAGUAGAAUCUCUCAAGACGGAAAAUGAGGAUCUUGGUAAGAUCCAGGAGGAGGUCGAUCUCCUGAAGGCUGAAAAUGCCGAACUUGGCAAGUACCGCGACGAGUACGAACACCUUCAGUCCGAACACGCGGAAUGCGGCAAGCUCGGAAAUACGGAGUUCGCUAAACUGCGAGAUGAGUUUGAGCAGUUCCGAGCUGAACACACAGGAUGCGAUCGGCUGCAAGAGGAGCUCCAAGCACUGAAGUCAGGAGACUCAGAUGUCGUAAGGUUGCAGGAAGAGCUUCACGCCAUCAAGCUCGAACAUAGCGAGUGCAGCAAGCUGCACGAGGAGGUUCAACUGCUUCAGUCUGCAAACGCUCAGCUCAGCAGCCAGCAGAAUGAACUUCAGUCGUUGAGAAGUGAAAGCGCAGAAAUCGACGACCUGCAACAAGAGCUCGAGGCGCUGCGUUUCGAGAACACGGAGCUGCGCAAGUUGGAGCAGGAACUGCGCACUUUGAAGUCGGAAAACAACGAACUCAAAGAGACAGGAACCCGCAUGUCGAUGGUCCUUUCACGUUCAACAUCAGUUGCAGGCACAAAUAGCAGCUCUAUUAAGAGAGCCGGUCGCCCCAUGUCCCUUGCCCGGUCAAACACUACAAAGCACCAUGUUGUUGCUGCUGCUGCUGCUGCUGAGCCUCGUGGUGAGAUCCUGGCCGACAGGCUAAAGGACGUCGAGGCACAGCGCGACGCAUUGCACCGUGCUCUGCGCAGUCUCCUUGAGAGACAGGAGAUCCAGAAUCGCGAGAACGCCAAGAGAAUCAAGCUUCUCGAGCAGGAGCGUGACCGUCUUCUCUCGUCUUCCCCUCGUGGUGGAUACGAAAAGGAGGUGGCCAACCUUCGCGAUGAGAUCGCCGUCCUGCGUCGCCGGGCUGAGGAAGCCAUUGACCAGAAGUGGGAGGUCGAGAAGGGUCUGGGUGGCCUCAAGAUGAACCUUGACCGCGCCGAGCAGGAAAUCACCUCCCUGCGCAGCCUUCUCAGGGAAAGAGACAUCCUUAUUCCCGAGGGCUUCGCCCGUAGCAGCUACAUGUCCAAUUACAGUGACAAUGACGCUCUUGUUCCGGUGUCGUCAGCGUCCCUGGAGAAGGCCUAUGCAGACUUGCAAGCCACCUACAGUGAAGCUCUCGUCCGUAUCAAGGACCUCGAGGACAGCACUGCAUCCAACGAGGCAAUGCAGCUCGCCAUUGCUCGCCUUGAGCAAUCUCUCUCGACUGUUGUGACGGAGCGUGACAUGGCUCGUGAGGAUAACGUUGCCCAGCUUGCCGAGCUCGAAUCCCUCCGGGAGUCCGAAAAGCAACACAUUGACGCCGAGCUCACUCUAGCUGAGCAACUGUCUGACUCGGCCCGGCGUGUCGAGGAACUCGCACAGCAAGUGCGCGCUCAGCUUGCCAUCAACGCUGCACUCCGCUCGAGGCUGGCCGAUACCGUUGCCCGCGGUGAGGCCAACCAGCGCGUAAGCACGGAGCGCAUUGCCAGUCUCCAGAAGCGCCUAAGGGAGCUUGAGGAACAGGUGAUUACCGCGCAAACCAAUGCUGAAGAGCGCGUGAACCGCCAUGAGGAAGAGCUGCAGACGCUUAAGGAGAGUCAUAACAUCCACCUCCUGCGUCUGCGCGAUGGGCCUGCGGGCUCUGCAGCCGCCAUGCGUGGUCUUCCCCCGCGCUCAUUCCCGCCCAAGUCUCCCCUCAGCCCCAUGUUCAGCAUGAGCCUGGCGAGUAAGAGCGAUGCCACUCCCCGUAUUUCUCGCAUGUCGAGCCCUUUUUUACUUUCAUCAUCUUCUUCCUUUUAUUCUAACUCGCAUGCCUCGACCUACCUCCGGCCGCGGGCCUCUGGGCUUCUUUCAUCGGCUGCCGCCGAGGGCAACAUGGCCGAAGACGUGACUACCCUCAAAGCCCGCGUGGCCCAGCUCGAAGGCGCCCUGAUGGCUGCCGACUCAGAAAUGCAGGAAGUCGUCAGUCGCAUGAACAUGGCCCAGAUUGAGGUCAUGACUCUCCAGGAGGAACGUGAGGAGGCGGUUCGCCAGACCAGAAAGCUGCAGAAGAUGAUGGAGGAGGAGAGGGUCAAGGUCUUUAACGAGCGGUUCAAGAGCUUUGCGGGCGCUACGGAAGUCAGGGCUUAGGAGACUGAACUUGUUUGUGAUGAGAAAGGAACAGCAGCAACAACAGCAGCAGCAGUAAGGCAAAGGAAGAGGUAUAAAGGUGACCAUGGCUAUGACUAUAGAAAGUUGAGGGAAGGAUGGGAAAGGGGGAUACAGAUGGGGUUGGGUAGGGUGGUGUUUUGAGAUAACGCCUUUUUUUUUUUUUUUUUUUUUGGCCCUUUGGGUGAAGGGGGAAGCAAGCAUUAUAGUUUUGGAUUCUGAUUGCAUAGCAUUGGGGGCUAACAUUUCUCUUCUUCGUCCAAGAACAGGACCUUUAUACAUUGUCAUCUUCUUGGACAAUACUUGUGUAUAGGGUUUUCUUGGGAGGGCGUGCACGCGUUUCAAAAAGGUUUGGAGGAGGGAGAGAAAUGCGCAAAAGCAUUGUAUAACAUACCAACGCAGGUUUGAACAAACACCUGUACAAUGUGCUAUCUAUCGUAUGUAUAUAUUAUACCUAACUCUUAGUUACAAGCAUCAGGGGAAACAUGGUCUUUUGGACAGGUUGGCGGUGGUGUAAUGUUAAGAGCUUAACUUGCCGCACCGUCCCUGAUGUCCUCACGCACCCUAUUUUGACUUCGCGCACCCCUUUUUCC